AUGCUUUGUUAUAGCAAUGAUAUAAAAAUUAUUUUAUUAAUGUUGUUUAAUAAAUCCCAAAGUACAGGGUAAUUUCGUUUACCACUAGCUUCUACUACAAGUAGAUCAAAUUUCAAUACUAAAAUACUAAGUCCAAAAUUCACUCAAAGUUUCAGGCCUAAAGAAAACAUUGAACUUAUAGAAAGUAAACACAUGUAAAAUUUUUAGUAAAGAAUAAUUUUCCAUAGAGAGAGUUGUUUUUCGAGCUUUAGAGACUAUGGGAUGAAAACUAAAUACCUGAGAUUCAUUAGAAAUAUUACUACUUUAUUCUUACUUCGAAUAUUGCAUCUUAAGAAUAUUUGAUGAGAUCAGAAAUAGAAAGUUAUAAACUAAAUGGCAGUAUUAUCAAGACUUUACAUCAAUUAACUAUCAGUAGAGAGAUCUGUUUAAAAGAGGCAUUAGCAAUUGAAUAGAGUGAGAACAUUAUAGAGUUUGUCUGCCUUAUUUCAAAUUACAUUUAUGAUCUUAGAAAAAUUACUUUAAAUCUUAUAGAGUAUCAGAGAAAGUGGGUGAAUAAAUUGUAUAUUUAGUAUGCCUACAAUUACUAAUGGAUUUAUUAGGGAGAGAACUACGUGAUGAAAAUCAAAGAUGAUCAUAAGUUGCUAUUUUAGAAACAUCCUGUAUUGAUGAAAUUUUUCCAUAUCAGCGAAAGUGUGGAUGACAUAUUUUACUUGGGAAUCAUUAACUAAGCGUAUGAGAGGGAUUUAGAAUAUUUUGAUUAUUUAACAAAGCAUAAACUUGAUCAAAAAUACUUGAAAAGAAUCAAAGAACUGCAGACUUACGCGACAGUUUAAUAUACAUGCAAAUAAUCGGAAAAUAAAAUUAAAACUUUAUUGUAAACGAAAACUAAUUUCCUAAGUACGAAAGAAUUGUAAAGUGCUUAACAAACAUCUAGAAAAGGUAGUACAACGAAGUUAUAAAUUGAAUUGCCUCCACUACCAGAAUAUAGAAGUCAACUAAUUUAUAAAUCAGAUGAUAUUUAAUUUAUAAUUAAGGAUUGGCCGAUAAAAGACAUUCCAUAAAUUUUGAGUUUUUGGCUUUCUACUAAUUUUGAAGAUUUUCAUAAAAGUUUCUUAUAACCUUCUACUUAUAUACAAGAAACCUUAAGUUAUGGUUAAGAGGCAAUAAUGCUAUAAAUAUCUGAUUUAGGAAUUAUGUUGGCAAGUGUUGAAUAGGAUUGCAAUAUUAGAAAAUGGGUGAUUCAUUUGAUAGUUUGCAAAGAAUAAAUAUUUGACAAAAUUAUACAUCAUUUUAUUAGAAUGUUGAUAAGCAAUGGGGAUUCUUUUGAGCAAUUGGGUAUCAAUUUGACUUUGUUGGAAUGUUUUGAGUAUAAUCUGAAAAUACUCAAUUUUUAUUUUUGUAAAAUCAUAACAAUUGAAAAUCUUAAGGUUAAUUACACUUAGUAUGUUCUUGAUAUUAAAAGGACAGAAUAAGAAUAAUAAAGUAUGUCAAUUAUUUAUGAUCCUAUUUGUUUUAUUUAUGCUCGAAUAAUAUCAAGGAUCAAAAAACUAGUAUUAAACAGUGAUGAGGAAACGAUGGAGGCUUAGUUCUGUGCUAAUCUGGGAAAGUCUAAUUUGAUAGUUUUUGAUGAGAAAACCUAAGAAAUAGCAAAAAAUUUAAUUGUAUAACUUAAAUAAACUAUAAUUUUAGAAACAGAAGAUAUAUGGCUCCUCAUUUUAACAUAUAUAAAAUAUUAAGGAUGUUACUAAAGUUUGUGCUAGAUUUAAAUCUCCAAUUAAAACUCCUGUGUAUUUAUAGUAUUUCAAUAUGAACUUGCAAUUUAUGGUAUUUUCAUCAGAGAUUCACAAACAAACUCAUCAACCUUACAUACGUUUCCCAUCAGUAUAUAUAUCUUAUUAAAAAGAGAUCCAAAGCUAGUUUAGAUGAGGCAUCCUUAUUGUAAUUGUCAAGCAAUGAAGGUAAUAGCUUACGUAAGGUAUAUCUAAUAUCGACUACAGACCCUUUUGUAAAAAUGUAAAAUACUAGUUAUAAUUAUUAUUAGAUAUGUUUUUGAAUUGAAAAACGAUGAGGUUACUUUGGAUAUUCCAACAGUUGUGAAUGAUAUUUUUGAGAAAUAUGAUUAAAAGAGUUUAUCAUAAUACAACAUAUGGCUACCUUUUUUUAGGAGUAUUGGUAAUAGAUAGAAUUUAACGAAUUGCAAAUUAUUAUCUUAUUUUACAAGCGAAGCAUUUUUUGAAAUAAAUUUUCCUCGAAUUGGAAUGAAUAGUGUUAAUUAUAGUUUUGAAGGAGAGAAAUUGAUCAAUUUUCCGUUUAUCGUAGGAAUCGUAUAAUCAGAUUUGGAUUAGAUAAACAAACCGAUAUUUUCAAUGUUAGUUCAACAAGAGGAUAUUAUUAAAAAAUGUGAACCAAUUCAAAUAGCCAAAAAAAUGGAGAGAGACUAUGAAAUAUUGGUGAUGCAAAUUAAUCCCAAAGAUAUUGAACUAAGAGUUAAGGAGAUGGUGAGAUUUUCAUGUCCAAUCACUCAGGAUUCUUUUGAGAAGGAUCCACAAAAACUAAUUGAUAUUAUGUAUUAUUAACAAGAGGCUUGUGUAUUACAAUUUUUUGUAGAAAACUUAGUAUAAGGCUAUUCUAUAAUGUAUGUAGAUUAAAAUAAGAUUCACGAAAGAGUAUGGAUCAUUGAAAUGGUUUCAUGUAAAUCUGAAUGUUUCUUUGAUAUAUUCUUAACUCAAAUAGUUGAUUUGGUUUUUGGACAGGAUACGUCUGCUUCAGAAAUAUUAAUUGCAUAAGUUAGAUAUUUAAACAUAAUUAUGAUAGAAUCAUUAUCCAUAGAACAAUGGACAGAUUAUGGCGAAUAAAUACAUCUCGGAAGCUAUAAAGAAAGUUGGAUUCAAGUGGAGAAUAGUAGAGAAUGAUUAUAAAACUCAAUUAAGGAGGACUAUAUUCACAAUAAAAAGAUCGAAUUGUUAGUAAACUAUUAUUUAAAUCACCAAAAUAGUUAACCUAAAGCAGAGCACAAUAUUUCUAUUAAAUUUAAUUCAUAUUACUCACUCUAAUAAUCUGAAGCUAGAAAUGAAGAAACCAACACUCUAUGUUAUCUCAAGACUAAACCUGUAUUUUAGUUUGCUGAAGAUUGUUUUCAUUACAAUCUCCAUAAACCCUAUGAGCAAAAUCAAUUUAUUAUUGAUAAGGUAAAGAAUAAUUUAGCAUCGUUGCCCAUGACUUAGUUUGCUGAAUUCAAAAAUGAAGAAGAAGUGCAUAAAUAUUUUGAAAAAUUAACAUCAUUUCCCUCCAUUGAUCCUCGACACACUCAAGUGAUGGCCCAAUACACAAAUGUUCAAUUGAAGUGGUUAAGAUCAAGAGAAAUUGUCAUAGAAGGAUCAAAAUACAUUGAAGUACCCAAUGAGUAGAAUUUUAUCUAUGUUUCCACUUUUCCUAAGAUGAAUCGUAGAAUUUACUACGUUAAAUUGUUCAAUCCUGGAUAUUACUUUUUUGCAAUGGAAGUAGCUUAUAACUAAAUAGAUGCCAUUCGAAAUGACUAUGUCAGAUUUACGGAUAGAAUCAAUUAAGUAAUCCAUCCUGUUUAUAUAUAUAGGAAUUCUAUAAUAAAUAGCCAUAAACCUCAUCCGAUCUCUACAUACCUUAAUUUUAAACAUGUCUAACAAUAAGUGAACCCAACCCCAAUUGGUCAUUUAUUAAUUUCUCUUUGAUCUACAAUCAUACAAUCACUCAAAACAUCAUUAAAGAUUUAGGUAAUCGAACUAUACGAAUGCAAAUGCCUAUCUUAGCAGGGAUCAUCUAAGAAGACAUAAGCUUGAGAUAUGAGAAACCGAUUGUGGCAUUUGUUGCCUCUGAAUAUAUUGAUUGA